CAUUCAAAACCAGCAGAGGGAAACAAAAAAAAAAACUUGCAGGGUCCAUCACUUCACAGAGGCAUCAUCAGCCAUUCAACACCAGUUGCCUCCACCAACCACUGACGGCACAGCGAGCUACCAAAACCCGGCGAGAAAACCCUCAAGAUGGCCCCUAUCUCCAUCCAGACUGUGCUCAUCAGUGAAAGUGUUGACCCCCGCUGCAAGGCGAUCCUGGAGGAGAAUGGCAUCCGAGUCACGGAGAAGCAGAACAUGAAGAAAGAUGAAUUAAUGGCGGAGAUUAAGAACUAUGACGGGCUCGUGGUUAGAUCUGCAACGAAGGUAACAGCUGAUAUUAUCAAUGCUGCUGACAAUCUCAAAAUUAUCGGGAGAGCUGGGACUGGUGUGGACAACGUGGACGUUGAUGCCGCCACCAAAAAGGGUAUUAUUGUCAUGAACACGCCAAGCGGUAACACAAUCAGUGCCGCUGAGCUGACAUGUGCCUUGCUGAUGAGCCUCUCAAGAAAUGUGCCUCAAGCUGCAAUGUCAAUGAAGCAAGGCAACUGGGAUCGCAAAAAGUUCAUGGGUGCAGAGCUGUAUGGCAAGGUACUUGGAAUAGUUGGACUUGGAAGAAUAGGAAAGGAGGUCGCCUCAAGAAUGCAGUCGUUUGGCAUGAAGACUAUUGGCUAUGAUCCAAUCACUCCUCCAGAGGUCACAGCCAGCUGGGGGGUGGAGCAGAUGUCUCUGGAGCAGCUUUGGCCCCAGUGUGACUAUAUUACUGUCCACACUCCGCUAAUGCCCUCUACUGUUGGUCUGCUCAGCGAUGAAACAUUUGCUAGAUGCAAGAAAGGAGUGAAGGUCGUGAACUGCGCACGAGGGGGUAUCAUCGACGAGGAGGCUCUCCUCAGAGCGUUGGAGUCUGGACAGUGUGGAGGCGCAGGGCUUGAUGUCUUUGUUGAGGAGCCUCCUAAGAACCGUGCAUUGGUCGACCAUCCUAAUGUCAUCAGCUGUCCUCACCUGGGAGCCAGUACGAAGGAGGCUCAAGCUCGCUGUGGGGAGGACAUCGCUCUGCAGAUUGUGGACAUGGUGCAGGGCAAGAAGCUGGUCGGAGCAGUAAAUGCACAGGUUUUGGCCAGCACGUUCUCCCAGGAAUCUCACCAACUGAUCAAACUCGGAGAAGCUGUCGGAGCUGUGCUGCAGUCAUGCUCCGCCUCCAAUAAACCAUGCAGCCAGGUCGAAAUUACUACUCUAGGGGAUUGCAUGAAGUCCUCCACCGGUUACAUGACUUCAUCGGUGCUGGUCGGACUGCUGAAUCAUGGAUCUGGAUGUUGCCCGAACCUCGUCAAUGUACUGAGCCUAGCUAAGGAGUCUGGAAUCACGGUAAACCACACCCACUGUAAGUCUGACGGGGCUGCCAGCGGUGUGUGUAAGGUGGAGAUUGUGGCCAGUGGCACCAGCUACAAAGCUAGUGGUUCAGUUCAAGGUGGCGUGCCAGUCCUACUGGGGCUGAGUGACAGUGUGUUCAGACAGCCAGUCUCUCUUACUGGAAACCUGCUGUUCAUCAAGGCCUCUGCAAACCCUCAGCUGCUGUCAUCAGUGGCUGGACUGCUUGCCACAGAGGGAGUGGAGAUUGAGUCCUUCAGCGCUCCUGCAGACCGCAGUGGGGAUCUGUGGUAUUGCGUGGGGGUGUCCUCCCUCCUGCGAGACCUCAGCGCCUUGCAGUCUUUGGUUAAGGAGGCGGCACAGCUCGCCAUUUAAAUGACAGCAGCCAACAAUGCAUUCUCUGAGUGUCUAACAUAACUGAUCCGUCUUGGUCUUUAGCAUUAACUUGUUCAGAAGUUGAACACUUGCAUUUUGAUAACAUUCCAGUGUUUAGAUGCUUUACAUGCACUUUGAAGUAAAAUUAAAUUAAAAAAAUGUCA